AUGGCUUCUCCUUUCAACCCAAACAACAGGCCGGCCAACCCGGUCAGCCUGAUCAACCCUGCCAACGUAGGCGAGGAUGGCAACCCUCUGCCCAGCAUCGCCUCUCUUAACCUCAAUGGAUUCAUCCCCGACGAGCAAGCCAGGCUUGCUGCGGCCCGUGCUUCUCGCCAAAGGGCCACUUAUGAGGAGAUUGCGGCCAGGAGUAUCAAUCCCGAUGUCCAAUCUUUCAUCGAGCACAUAAACAAGAACCCCACCCACUCGUUUAAACGCAAGAAGAUCGGCAUCGAUGCUCUGAAGAAGAUCUUUGAGGAAGAGGAGGAGGAGAAGGAGGAGGAGGAGGAGGAGGAGGAGGAGGAGGAAGAUAGUGAGGACGAACGUCAGGCACUUGCCCGCCGCCUUCAGAAAGAAGAGGAAAAGAAGCGUUGCGAGGAAGAGGAGUUCCAGCGGGAGUGGAAUGCUCUCAUGAAGGUAUCCAAGGUGCAGGAAGUCGAUCCUGAACUUGUGGCCCGAUUCCAGCAUAUCGCUCGAGUACGCAUUCAAAUGAUGAGGAGGGCUACCGAGGAGUGGGAUAAGUUGCAUGUCCAGCCCAAACCAAAGCGCAUCAACAUCCUACGUCGUCUCUGCCGCAUCCCAGAGCUGGUCGUAGAGGUGGGCAAACACCUCCGCCCAGUCGAUCUUGUGAACCUCUACAGCGUCUCCCGCGACUUUCACGAUACUCUUAACAACCAGAUGCGUAGCUUCGUCCUCGCCUGGGCAAGCCAUAUGGCUCCCAUCGGGUCCCACAUUUAUUCCAGCCCUAUGUACUACAAAUACUUUACCAAGGAUCCGGCUGGCAAUCUUGUGACUGAGCUGGAUAAGGAGGCAAUGAAGCCCAAGCCAGGUCAGCCAUCGUUGCCCGACAUGUGGCCCUUCAACCGAGAUGGCGUAGUCCGCAAGAUCCCCGGCCUGCAGUGGCUGCAAAUGGUUGUCAAUAGGGAGAUCCGUGUGCGCGAUAUCCUAGCUGUGCUGGCCAGGAAUGGUCAUCGCAUGCCCAAGGGCUCUCAUCUCACCCUUCACAAGCUCUGGGUUAUCAUGGACAUUGCAACUAGCGAGACCCGGGUCAACCUUCUCAAGGACCAGGAGUUCUUCACCGACGAGGAUCUCUACAUUGCCCAGCAAUUCAUGGUCAAGCUUGUCUUGCACUUCAACAGCCCAUACUGCGGUCCCCAGACCACGCGACUCAUGCGCUUGAUGAUGGGCCAGCCCAGUCUAUCUGUCCUGUGGGCUCUGCUCCGCCGCAAGAAGUAUACAACGCGCGAGGAGAUCCGCGCGCUCAAGCUUCGGUACGACGUUCCCCCGGAGUCCGUUCACGCGAACAUGAGGCUCUGCGGCGUCCCCAUCGAAGAGAUGGGAAUCAUGCACUUGGAAGGCUGGGGCGCCGGCGACGGUCACCUUCUGCGUCCAGACGAGCUGAUCCCUCUUGAAGCGAUGAGGCGAAUGCUCCCCCUGCACCAGUACAUCGACGACAUGAUGAUCUACGGCCACAUUAACCUCGAGACGGGCGACCCUGAGGUCCCUUCGGUGGAGGAGAUGUACAUGAGCGACGACGAGCUCGGACCGAUGUAUAAGUGCUGGGAGCCCAUGCACAACACACCUAUCAACGGCGGCUGUGGCAACGUACCAUUCGAGUGGAAGAACUGGCAGCCUAAGCAUGCCAGGAAAGCGCGCUGGGACGAGCUCACUGAGGAGGAGAGACAAAUGAUCAUCGACGACGACAAGCGCGAGAUGAAAGCCUGCAGGGACAUUGAGGGAGCCCAGCAUGAGUUCGAGCGGGUCCGCGACAAGCUCCUGCGCCAAGUGCUGGCAUGUCGUACCCACAAGCGGCACAUGAAGAGCAAGACGUUCAGGGUGUACGAGAUCGCCCUCGAAGACAUGGCCCAGGAGCUGAUCGCCGUCCAAGUGGCCGCUACCACCAGCAACAAUCCGGACGCCAUGGACAUCGACAGCAAGCCGGUCAUCACCACCGUCACGAGCCCCAACGACAUCUCCGACUCCGAGAUCGAUAAAGACCUCACCCUGGAGCCCAUCCCACAGAACGACCCUGUAGCCUUCUGGAGACGUCGCAGCACGACCCGCCGGUACUACGACUACAGCCAGUGGGACGACGAUUUUGAGGAGUCGUUGUCCUCGUCGUCGGCCAGCGAGGACGAUGAGGACAGCUUCCGCAAGAAGUACAAGAAGCUGCUCGACGAGAUGUCCGAGAAACUGAAGCAAAAGAUGCCUGCUCACGUCACGACCUUCAGCAUCGGGUGUAUUCCGGCCAUCAAGCAUUCCAAACGCCCUGCCCAAGGACCAAGUAGGUCUACGGCCAUCACGGACGAGGAGCUCCUCGCUCAGGCGGACCAGGAGUACGCAGAUGAGGAAUUAGAUUUAGAUAGCGAUGGCCUCUGCGAGAACGGCCUUGCGACUCCGUUCGACUGGGAUGACUAUGUCAGUCAUCCCGAGAAAUAUUUGGCUGGCGAGGCGGAUCUGGACGAGGAGAAAGAAGAGGAGUAUGAGGGUGAUGAGGAAUUGGAGGGCGAUGAGGAGUGGGAGGGGGAUGAGGAGUGGGAGGGUAAUGAGAUGGAGAAUGAUUUUGAGAGCGAUGGCGCCGGUAACUUUUCAGAUGAGGAUGAGUUUGGGGAAGAGGAAGAAUGGCAGGACGAAGGCGAGGAAGACGAACAGCAUGUCACUGCUGCUCAUAUUGAGAUUGAGCAUGACGUGGCCAUGUACUUCGCCGCGGAGGAAGCUGAAGACCAGGAAAGUGAGCGGAUGAUGAACUGGUAUCGGCCUUUCUGA